AUGCAGGCCUUCCUGCUGUGGAUGGACCUCGGUUGUAUUCCCGUCCUGAGCGCCCCCGUCCGGAAAGCCAUCUACGCCCACGGGCGUCGAGUCUGUGCAUUCAGAACUCUCGACGACCGCGAAAUUCCCUUUCGCGGUGCAGAACAUUUUGCCUUGUGGAACUUCGCUGCGUCUCUCGGGGCUCCUGAUUUCCAGAAUGCCAUAAUGCGUCAGCUGCUCCAGACUCUUGACGAUGAGAGUGAGUUUGGCAUGCAUGAGCGCUGUCUUCUUGACCUCCUUGACCGCAUAUGCGUGACUGGUAGACGAGGCUCUACAACGAUGUUGCGUAGAAUGGUGGCGUACAAGGCCUGGUUUCUUCUGCAGAGUCGGCGCUACGAGUCUUUUCAUGCGUUGCACGGACUUGCUGGUCCUGCGGCCUUCGGCGAGGCGGUCGACUACCUCAAGACAUACUACCGAGAUCACAAGGAUUCGUCGGACAUUGUGGAGAAUGUCGCGUGUCUGAUGAAUCAUGUUGAGGACUUCAUGGUGUCCGUCUAG